AUGUUGUUUGCAAAGAAUUGGCAGGUAGCUCGAGGAUUCAAUCAUGUUGGGAAAGAUAUGCUGAUCUCUGGAAUCACGGGCCAGCAGCUGUGUGCUUAUAUUUAUUUCGGUCCGAUAUAUGACCAGAAAUUGAAGCAUAUGGUUUUGGAUAAGAUGCCCGUGAAAGCUAGAGGACCAAGGUAUAUGGUGGAUGUCUGCUCUCAAUGUGGUUUAAUUGGUUACAAAGUUUGGUGUCAAAUGUGUCGUUCCUCGCAUACUAUGGCAACUAUUAGGAUACCAUACGCUUGCAAAUUGUAA